CACGUGCCGCCGCCGCCAAGAUGGCGGCGCCCAUGGGGCUGUGCCGCUGCCCGCUCCCGCUGCUGCUGCUGCUGCUGGCAGUGCCGGUGGGAACGGCGGCCACCCCCGGCACCCCCAGCUGCGGCUGCAGCGCCGGCCGGGCCGCCGGCGACGGGCGGGAGGCGGCGGCGCGGCGCUACUCGGCGGCGGCGGGUAGCGGGCGGAGCGCCGGGCGCGGGCCGAUGGUGCUGAUCCCAGGAGGGGUGUUCACCAUGGGCACCCAGGAGCCCGAGAUCCAGCAGGAUGGAGAGGGGCCAGCCCGCAGAGUGCACCUGAGCAGCUUCCACAUGGACCAGUACGAGGUCAGCAACCAGGACUUCCAGAGCUUUGUCAAUGCCACGGGCUACGUCACCGAGGCAGAGAAGUUUGGUGACUCUUUUGUGUUUGAGGGGAUGCUGAGUGAAGCAGUGAAGGCUGACAUCCACCAAGCAGUGGCAGCUGCUCCCUGGUGGCUGCCUGUGAAAGGAGCCAGCUGGAGGCACCCUGAGGGCCCUGACUCCAGCAUCUCCAGCAGAAUGGACCAUCCAGUCCUUCAUGUGUCCUGGAAUGAUGCCGUGGCCUUCUGCACGUGGGCAGGGAAGAGGUUACCCACGGAGGCUGAGUGGGAGUACAGCUGCCGAGGGGGGCUGGAGAACAGGCUUUUCCCAUGGGGCAACAAAUUGCAGCCCAAAGGGCAACACUAUGCCAAUAUCUGGCAGGGAGAAUUCCCCACCAACAACACAGCAGAGGAUGGGUACAAGGGGACUGCACCUGUCUCUGCCUUUCCCCCCAAUGCUUACGGCCUCUACAACAUGGUGGGGAAUGCCUGGGAGUGGACGUCGGACUGGUGGGCUGUGCACCACUCCCCCCAGGAGCUUCACAACCCUGUGAGUGUUUGCUUGGGUCUCCUUGCUGCUGGAAAACCUCCUGCUCUGUGCCCCUGAUUUGGGAGCAUCACAGCACAGCUCAUCCACUCUGGAAUUGCAGUGCUCUGGUGCAAUUGUUGUGUUUGGUUAGUUAUCCACACAUGGUUAGCCAUUGAAUACUUCCAAACUGGCCUCAUACUACAGAAAUCAAGAAUUUGUGGAAUGACUUCUUUACAAAAAGGAAGGAUUUUAGUUCAUUUAUGUUGCUACAAGCUGUACUUAUUUUCCCCCUCCCAGGCUGAGAACAAACCAUCAUGAAUUAUCUUUCUGGCUUCUGGUAGCUUGUUUUAAACUGACCAUAUGAUAAAACUGAGUUUUAGGAGAAGUCACCAGGCUCUGAGAGGUGAAUGUUUGUUUUCCUUUGUGGCAGGCAGAUGGAGGUUCCUGCAGAGUGAGAUGUGAGGGGUCACUGAUGCUCUGUCUCAGCAGAUUCCAGUUCCAGUGUUAGAUCUGCUCCUCUCCCACUUAUCCAGGAUGAGUCAAUCCCAUGAUUUAUGAAUACAAGUAGAGUUUGUCACUCAAACCCCCACCAAAUACGGUGGUUUUUAUUUGCUAACAACUUACAAAUCACUUUCAGGUUUAUUUUUACUCCUGGUAAUUACUUGUGAGGGCAAGACAAUCACUUAUGGAACCCCUCCAACAAUCUGCGUGCAGAAUUCCAUCCAUUCCUUGUAACCAAUCCCCAGCAUAGCCCAGAUCUCUUCAGUGCUAGAAAGCUGCUUUGAAGAUUUUGGGUGUUAAACUAAAUAUGUUAAAAAACUUAACAUAUUCUUCCUGACCCUCUGGAAGAAUUCAGAGUCUUUUCAGCCCAGAGAACACAUCCUAUAUUUAGGUUACACUGCCUUGUGCUCUGCAGAGACUGAAGAGCUGGGCUCUGAUAGAUCUGGUGCUAAUCAGUUCUAAUGUCUCUGAAGAUAACUGCAGCCUGGCUAUUUUGGGACACCUUUUCACAGGAGGAGAUGCAGUUUCCUUACCCAUUUAACCAGAAAAACCCUUUGGAAUUCACUUUGAAGUGCUCUGCCUCGACACUGAAUUCUGACAAUCGGUUUGCAUAUGAAAAACCCCUAAAAGCCUAAUUGUCAACACCUAGUUUUUAAAUACUUCCUGAAGUGUCUGGGCUUAAAACUUCAGCAAACUCUUGGGGUUGGAGAGAGCAAAAUUGACAGGAUAGUUGUUUCCCACCAUCGCCUUAAUCCAGCAGGGAAGUGAUCCAGCCUUGGCAUCAUCAACACCAGAAUGUCUCAAA